UGGGGAUGUGUAGAUAGAUAGGAAAGAUACAGUGAAAGGGAAAGCAAAAGGAAAGAAGAACUAGUUGGGUUCGUGUUCAGUAUGCACAGAUCCGGAGCUGUAAUGGCUUGGAAUGUGUUCAAGUUCUGUACAGCCCUGCGUGGUCUUGGCUCCAUAAUGAUCUUGUUAGUCCUCGGAAUCGUUGGCGUCACUUAUUAUGCUGUUGUCCUUACAAACUACGGUCCUGCUUUGUACGAUGGUGGUCUUGCUUCUGCCAACGCCUUUGCUGUCUUGCUCUUGUUUCAUGGUCUGUUGGGGAUGCUUCUAUGGAGCUACUUUUCUGUAGUUAUAACGGAUCCAGGUUCUGUUCCACCAAAUUGGAGGCCUGUUAUGGAUGAGGAAAGAGGAGAGAGUGAUCCAUUAACAGGUUCGGAAUAUGGUGGCACAGGCAUAGGUGUGCAGCAGUCAGCGAUGCUGGCUGAUCCAGUGAAUCCGACAGUCCGGUAUUGCCGCAAGUGCAACCAGCUUAAACCAGCUCGUUGUCAUCACUGUUCUGUUUGUGGGAGGUGUGUUUUGAAAAUGGACCACCAUUGUGUCUGGGUUGUCAACUGCGUAGGGGCUCUAAAUUAUAAAUAUUUCCUUCUCUUCUUGUUCUACACAUUUCUUGAAACAACUCUGGUAACUUUAUCACUAUUGCCGCAUUUCAUAGCAUUUUUCAGUGAUGGAGAGAUACCUGGAACACCAGGAACACUAGCAACAACUUUUCUUACAUUUGUUUUGAACUUAGCAUUCGCAUUGAGUGUUAUGGGCUUUCUGAUCAUGCACAUAUCAUUGGUUGUUGGUAAUACGACUACCAUUGAGGCUUAUGAGAAGAAAACCAGUCCUAAGUGGCGGUAUGACCUUGGUCGAAGAAAGAAUUUUGAGCAGGUGUUUGGGAUAGACAAGAAAUACUGGUUUAUCCCUGCAUAUUCAGAAGAGGAUCUAAGACGGAUGCCAGCACUUCAGGGACUUGAAUAUCCGUCAAAGCCUGAUCUGGAUGCCCAGGUGUUCUAAGAACCAUGAACGGCCUGAGUUGUGAAAUUCUGCUUCUCUUUUUUGUUGUGAAAAAAGAUUCUGUGCCCCCCACAAACAUGUUGCUAGCUACUUCUUGCAAACAGAGAUGAGGCAUGAUGCAAGUGUGGACCUGAUUAUGUCAAUCCUCAGACAAUCUGUACUUUGCAUCAUCAAGACGAGUAGCACAGAGGAUUUCUGGUCUCAUUGUGAAGAACAACUCAAAGUAGGGAAUUGUGCAGGAGGGGGAGGGGGGGGGGGGGGAUGGUUUUUCUGUGACAAUAUCUUUAUUUCAUGUUUUGUAUGGGAUACUGUUGAAUCAUAAAAGAAGGGUUACACUCGAUGGCUGGAUUGGUCCAGUAUGGAGUGGACCGAGGACCGUGUCUAUUAUCAGGAAGAUGAUGAAGGAAAUUUCAGUGUACACACAAGGUUCAUUAUACCACUUGGAUAUAAUAGAACACACAAGCCAGAGACUUUAUUUG